GCAGCCGGUUUCCUCGAGGGGAUUCUGGUCUAGCCAGUUCUUUGGUCUUAGCUGGGAGUUCUGGUUCUCAACGGUCUUCUUGCUGGAUGUGGCCAGGAUGCAUUUGGUUAGUUGCCAAUUGCCACUUGGCCAGGUUAGUUCACCAUGUGUAAUUUUCAUCUUCUGCUGAUUGCUGCCAUAGCACUGGGUGAUUUGGCCUUAGCCACACCCUCUUUGCGUUCCGCCUCUGAGCCCGAGAAGAUCUUGGAAAAUCUAGCUCAACUAAGGCAGAGUAGUUUCCUAGAUUGGAUUCAAUCGAUCCUGGGCCCCGAGGUUCCUGCCGAGUGGAGUUCUCCGGCCAAAAGGGAGUGUGGCGAUUGCAGCUGCGGUAAUAUCAAUACCCGUCAUCGCAUCGUCGGUGGCCAGGAGACGGAGGUCCAUGAAUACCCCUGGAUGAUAAUGCUCAUGUGGUUCGGUAGCUUCUACUGUGGUGCCACCUUGGUCAACGAUCAAUACGCCUUGACCGCCGCUCAUUGCGUCAAUGGUUUCUAUCAUCGCUUGAUCACCGUUCGCUUGCUGGAGCACAAUCGUCAGGAUAGCAAUGUGAAGAUUGUGGAUCGCCGCGUGGCCAGAGUGCUCAUCCAUCCCAAAUACAGUACCAGAAACUUCGAUAGUGACAUUGCUUUGAUUCGUUUCAAUGAACCGGUACGUCUUGGUGUGGAUAUGCACCCAGUUUGCAUGCCCACUCCCAGCGAGAGUUAUGCUGGCCAAACAGCGGUGGUCACCGGUUGGGGAGCCUUGAGUGAGGGAGGCCCAGUUUCAGAUACCCUCCAAGAAGUGGAAGUGCCCAUUCUCAGCCAGGAAGAGUGUCGAAAUAGCAACUACGGCGAGGACAAGAUCACCGACAACAUGAUCUGUGCUGGAUAUGUGGAGCAGGGUGGCAAGGACUCCUGCCAGGGUGACAGUGGUGGACCCAUGCAUGUUUUGGGUUCUGGAGAGGCCUAUCAGCUGGCUGGCAUCGUGUCCUGGGGUGAAGGUUGCGCCAAACCCAAUGCUCCGGGUGUUUAUACUAGAGUGAGUAACUUCAACGAUUGGAUUGCGGAGAACACCAAGGAUGCCUGCUCCUGUGCUCAGCCGGAGGCUCCUGCUGAACCAGCUUCUACUCCGAACACCACCGAGCAGGGUGAACAGGAGAACACCACUGCCGCUGAAUCAGAUCCCGAGGUUGAGGAGGCCAACAAAUUGGUUUAA